AUGGCGUUUUCACUCAUCUCCAUGAGGUCACAGCUGUCUGUAGAGCUGUUCAGCCGCACUGCGAGAGUCCCCCCAACACCUGUGGUCCUCCCAGAGCAGCUCCAAGGCAGGAGCAGAGCCCCUGCGUCAGGGGGCUCCGCCGAGCGGGGGCAGCAGCGGAGGCCGCGCCGGGGUCGCCAGGGUGUCAUGGCUGUGAGGGCCGACUGGGCCCGGCUGCUGCCGGCCUGCGCGGCCGAGGGGCCCUGCAAGAGCGCCCGCUCUCGGAUAUUACCGAGAAUCCGGUGUCAGUGUUCCCCUCCACCUUGCCACUUGCACAAGAAAAUGUUGCGAGGGGAAGUGGGCAACGCUCAGUUUCACUCCUCAACCCUUCCUGCUUCUAUCCCCUUUCUGUAUAAAAUGCCUGUGUGGGGCUGGUUUGUAGUAGAGAUUGGAGAUGAAGAAGAACUGACUGGCUAUAAAACCUGCCAGGGCAGAGUUAGGCAGGCAGAACCCCGAGGAGCACAAGAACUGGCACCCUCCUUGAUAGGUAUGGUAAGGAAGGACUGGGCUUCCCAAAACAGCAUUGCCCUCUCCUGGCAAGAGCCGGACUUUCCCCAUGGAGCCAUUCUGGACUACGAGAUCAAGUACUAUGAGAAAGUCUACCCACGGAUAGCGCCGGCAUUUUGGCACUACCUGCGGGUAGAAGAGCAUGAGCAGCUCAGCUAUUCUUCCACAAGGUCCAAGGCUCCAAGUGUUAUCGUCACAGGUCUCAAGCCAGCCACCAAGUAUAUAUUUCAUAUCAGAGUCAGGACGGCAGCAGGAUACAGCGGCUAUAGCCAGAAGUUUGAAUUUGAAACUGGAGAUGAAACUUCUGAUAUGGCUGCGGAGCAGGGGCAGAUUCUUGUAAUUGCCACUGCUGCUGUUGGUGGAUUCACUCUCCUGGUCAUCCUCACUUUGUUCUUCCUCAUCACCGGGAGAUGCCAGUGGUACAUAAAAGCCAAAAUGAAGUCUGAAGAGAAAAGGAGGGCUCAUCUGCAAAAUGGACACUUACGCUUUCCAGGAAUCAAAACAUAUAUUGAUCCAGACACAUAUGAAGACCCAUCCCUUGCUGUCCAUGAAUUCGCAAAGGAGAUAGAUCCUUCAAGAAUUCGGAUUGAGAGAGUUAUUGGGGCAGGUGAAUUUGGAGAAGUAUGCAGUGGACGUCUGAAGACACCAGGAAAGAGAGAGAUACCUGUUGCAAUUAAAACUCUAAAAGGUGGCUAUGUGGACAGACAGAGAAGAGAUUUCUUGAGAGAAGCUAGUAUCAUGGGACAAUUUGAUCACCCAAAUAUAAUCCGCCUUGAAGGAGUAGUUACAAAAAGAUCCUUUCCGACCAUUGGGGUGAAGUCUCUUUCGAGAUUCCUGAGGGCGGGAUUUUUAAAUAGCAUCCUGACCUCACAUCCAGUGUCAGGGGGUGGAUCUUUACCCCCCAGCAUUUCCUCUGGCAGACCAGUAAUGAUUGUAGUUGAAUACAUGGAGAACGGAUCCCUUGACUCCUUUCUGCGGAAGCACGAUGGCCACUUCACCGUCAUCCAGCUGGUUGGCAUGCUGCGUGGAAUUGCCUCUGGCAUGAAGUACCUCUCCGACAUGGGAUACGUGCACCGCGAUCUGGCAGCCCGCAAUAUCUUGGUCAACAGUAACCUCAUGUGUAAGGUCUCCGAUUUUGGUUUGUCACGAGUGCUGGAGGAUGACCCUGAAGCCGCUUACACAACAAGCGGUGGAAAAAUUCCCAUAAGAUGGACUGCUCCUGAAGCUAUAGCUUACAGGAAGUUCUCUUCAGCAAGCGAUGCGUGGAGCUAUGGGAUUGUAAUGUGGGAAGUGAUGUCCUAUGGUGAGAGGCCGUACUGGGAGAUGUCCAACCAGGAUGUUAUACUGUCUAUAGAAGAAGGUUACAGGCUUCCAGCGCCCAUGGGCUGCCCAGCUUCUCUUCACCAACUAAUGCUUCACUGCUGGCAGAAAGAGAGGAACCAUCGCCCAAAAUUCAGCGAUAUUGUCAGCUUCCUAGACAAACUGAUCCGCAAUCCAAGCACCCUUCAUACCCUAGUGGAGGAUGUACUUGUAAUGCCAGAUUCACCUGGUGAAGUUACAGAAUAUCCCUUGUUUGUCUCAGUUAGUGACUGGCUGGACUCAAUAAAAAUGGGUCAGUAUAAAAAUAACUUCAUGGCAGCGGGUUUUACAACCUUGGAUAUGGUCUCAAGAAUGAGUAUUGAUGACAUUAGAAGAAUUGGAGUUGUACUCAUUGGACACCAGAGACGAAUAGUGAGCAGUUUACAGACUUUGCGGUUACACAUGAUGCACAUACAGGAGAAAGGAUUUCAUGUAUGAAAGUACUAGAAUCAAGUGUGUUUUGUGCCUCAGCAUUUCUAAAAUGGAAAAUAUUCUC